AAAAGGGCUAAUCAGUGGCGCAGGUGGUCAGAUGAUAUAAUUCCGGCCAUGAUAGUGCCCUAUCUGUCAUACCUUCAAGAGACUGUAUCGCUACGUCAUGCCAACAUGCCAGCCAUACGUCAUCGGACUGAUGGGGAGUGCGGGACUGGGUGCAGAACUCGUAACAUCAAAGUUGCAUGUGUGUUUUUUGAUGCUUUCGAGGAAAUCACCAUCAUCGCCUGCCCUUGUUCACCUGCCCCGCUUCAGCUUCUUCGUCGCGGGCUUUUUCCAUGCGCGCCCCUGGCACCCUCCCUGGCAGUGGACUUACGACUUCUCGAGUUCGUCCGCCUUCUUUUUCUUUCGUCAGUCCCC